UUGUUUGUGUGUGUUUGUACAAAACUGUAUUAAAUGUGUCUGACAAACAGGAACAAAACUCAGCCUUGAUCAAGACUCUUAGUGUUUUGUGGUCAGCGUUGAGGCCCAGGGUAUGAGCAUAUGUGACUGUGAAGGUGUUUGCAUUACAUCUUUUGUAUUGCGUAUGUGUGUGUGUGUGUGUGUGUGGGGGUGUGUGUGUGAGAUGGCCUGUGUGAGAUGAAACGAUAUUGCUGUGUGAUAUCAGAGUUUGAUGGGCUUUCAAACAUGCAGCAUCUCAUUCUUCUACUUGGGGGGCUUUUUGUUUCCUGUGCCAUUGGUUCCAUUGAUGGUUUUUUCGUGAGUCAGUCUCCAUCCACAGUCACGCUGAGGAGAGGAGAACCAGUUCAGAUCACCUGCAGCUGGAACAUCAGCAUCAGUGGAGUAAAAGUGACAUGGUUUAAAGACAAUCAGAGAGUUGAAUUUAAGCAAACUGAUAAAUUCACAGAAACCAACAACAACACCACCAGUUCAACAUUAGUUAUGAAUAACACUGAUAUAAAUGAUGAAGGGUUUUAUAUUUGUCAAGUUGUACAGGACAUACCUCGCCUGGUUGUGGUAUACGGAAAGGGGACAAUCGUUACAUACGAGAGGGAAAAUGAGCCUACUACAGAGCGACUAGUUUCUACUACCUCACCCCAUAUAAAGCAUCGUGACAGACCGGACUCUCGCUCGAGCCCCGGUACAGAACAGGCUGAAAACGAUGGACCAAUCGUUUUUGCAAUCCGAUGUGCGCCCUUCGUCACGUUACUGCUGGCCGUGUGUUUUCUUAGCAGAGAUAACAAAAAAUACAAACGGCCAAGAGCAGGAAUACAGAUGGCAGAAGAACAAGCUUUAGUCAUAGAGGAGGAGAAUGAACAAAUGGGACAAAAACAAGAAAGAGAAGAAAAAUCUGGACCCAAUGAGAUGGAUGAACAAUCAGGACAAGAAGGAGAAGUGGAAGAGAGGGAUGAACAAUCAGGACAAGAAGGAGAAGUGGAAGAGAGGAAUGAACAAUCAGGACAAGAAGGAGAAGUGGAAGAGAGGGAUGAACAAUCAGGACAAGAAGGAGAAGUGGAAGAGAGGGAUGAACAAUCAGGACAAGAAGGAAAAGUGGAAGAGAGGGAUGAACAAUCAGGACAAGAAGGAAAAGUGGAAGAGAGGGAUGAACAAUCAGGACAAGAAGGAGAAGUGGAAGAGAUGGAUGAACUAUCAGGACAGGAACAAAAAUUGGAGAUGGUGAAUGAAUUAACAGGAAAUGAAAGAGAAGUGGAAGAGGGGGAUGACCAAUCGGGACAAGAAAGAGAGGGAUGAACAAACGAGACAAGAAGGAAAAGUGGAGAUGGUGAAUGAAUUAACAGGAAAAGAACGAGUAGUGGAAGAGAGCUAUGAACAAACGAGGCAAAGAAAAGAAGUGAAACUGGUGAAUGAAUUAACGGGAAAAGAAAGAGACUUGAAUGAAUGUGUUGGAUAGUUUAUAAUUCAGCAGGUAAAGGUAAAUGCUGGUUUUCUACAUGCUAGAUUUUGUGAUUAUUUAAUUACACAUUCACAAAUUUACAUUUACAUUUAUUUAUUUAGCAGACAUCUUUAUCCAACGCGACUAAUAAAUGAGGAAAUACAAGCAAAGCGAUAUAUCAAGAGGAGAAGUAAUUCAACCAUACAAGUAGUGCUACUAUACAAGAUUUAUCAUUGAGUGCUAGAGGAGUAAGCUACACAGAGUAGAGGUGUAAGAGCCAGUGUAAGUGCAGAUUUUUUAGGGGUUAGUUAAGUGGUCACAUUCCACCACUGAUGGACAGUCAGUUUGAAGGUUCUGGAAAGGGACCUCAUGCCUCAUGGAGUAGGCACUAUACCAGGCGUUGUUCAGUAACUGAUCGCAGGUUGGAACCUCAAGGAGAGUGUUGAGGUAUGACGGUGAUUUUCCAGACAAGGUCUUGAAUUUGAUACGGGCAGCUACAGGAAGUCAAUUUAAGGAGAAGAAGAGGGGCAUGACAUGGGUCCUUUUGGGAUGGUUGAAAACAAGGCAUGCUGCUGCAUCAUUCUGAAUCAUCUGAAUCAUCUGGGUUUUAUGGAGCUGGCUGGGAGGCCCGGGAGUAGUGUGUUGCAGUAGUCCAGUUUUGAGAUGACAAGAGCCUGGACUUGUAGCUUUGUAGACUGAUCAGCGAUCUAGGGUCUGAUUUUUGAUGUUGUACAGAAUGAACCUACAGUUGUUGAAAUGUGGUGUGUAAAGUUCAUGUGGUCAUCAAAUCGAAAGUCACCCCCGGGUUCCUGGCCGUCCUGGUUGGAUUGAGUGUGGCUGAGCCGAGCUGUACAGUGAGGUUGUGGUUGAAUGAGGGACAGGCUGGAAUGACGAGAAGCUCUGUUUUUGCCAAGUUGAUCUUAACGUGGUGUUCCUUCAUCCAGUCCGAGAUGUCAGACAGGCAGGCAGAGAUGCGUGCUGAGACGGAUAGAUCUUCAGGCUGGAAGGACGAAUAGAGCAGGGUGUCAUCAGCAUAGCAGUGAUGUAAGAAGACAUGAGACUCAAUCACAGGCCCCAGAGAUGUAGUAUAAAUAGAAAAGAGCAGUGGACCCAGAACUGAGCCCUGAGGAACCCCAGUUGUUAGUUACUGAGUUUCAGAUACCCCUCCCAUCAUGCUACCUCAAAGGAUCUGCUUGAGAGAUGACGACGACGUCUUGACCGGACAGAGUUGAAAUUUAUUAGCAGAUUUGUUCAUAAUAAUAGUGAUACACAGAAUACGGACAGUCACUAUCAACAUCCAGCCUUCAUUUUUGUACUUUUUAUGAUACAACAAAAAGGUGUUGCUAUAAACAGUGUAAAUACACCAUGAUCAUUAUA